AUGGCUGCCACCACAGACGACGACGGCUCCUUCGUCUUCCCCCGCGAAUACCACUUCCCCGCCUUCUUCACCCGCCAGACAAACCUCACCACACUCCACGCCCAGCGCACAAAGUGGUCCGACCUAAUCCUCUCGUACGCACGACACCAUCGCAUCUUCCGUCUCUCCCUCUCAGAGGCCGCCGACUCGGACCUCUUUGUCAACCGUAAACUAGACCGCCGUCUGCAGUUUGAUGAUAUCCGCGAUGUCGUCGUCUUCAUGCAUAAGGAUGGUCGUGUAGAGUAUGUUGGCGGUGGGACAACUGGUGACGUUGUCCUUGUAUACUGGCGCAAGCCUGACGAGUGGGCUGAGCUCAUUGAGAAUUAUGUCGACGAGACGGGUCAGAAGGGCAGCGUCUUGACCAUUUAUGAACUCGUCGAGGGCGAUGGCACCAAGGGAACUGAUAUCCAUGGAAUGGACCAAGAUGUCCUCAUUAAAGCCCUUAAUGUCCUUGUCAAGCGAGGCAAGGCUCAAAUCUUCGGCCAAGACGACUCAUUAGGCGUUAAAUUCUUCUAA